AUGGUGUUCGGACGCGAGUCAAAUUUAUCCGAAGCGUUAAUUCAAUGUAAAAAAAUUGAAAAACAUUUUCUUCAACGAGAAUAUACGUCGAUUGAUAAAGAACGACGAAAAAUUCGUUCAAAUAUUGAUGGUCGUAUGGGAACGUUUCUAGCAUUACACAAAAAGCGUCAUGAAAACUGGUGGAAAUACGAUCGUCAUUUUCGAGAACAUGUACGUAAAGAAAACGAAAAAUAUGAAAAACGAAAAGAACAACUUAGAAAACCAUUCAGAAUAGGCGGUUUUAAUCGUCCUCCAACUCCAUUUAAAAUAUUAGAUAUUAAUGAUACAAAUUUAACUGUUAUGCCAGAAACAAAUAGUACUGUAUUGCCUAUGAUUACGGAAUCCACUAUAACAAAAACUACGAUAGACGAUAAUCAUAUGAGUAAACGAGAGAAUAUAUCAUCAACAGCAAUGCCAGUAUCAAAAGCUCAACAACGUGUACACGAAGUAUUAAAAUCAUCUCAAAAACUUUUAGCCGAUUCAGCAAAGAAAACUCAUCAUAAACAACAAAUGAAAACACAAUCAUUAUUUUCCUCAUCUUCAUUGUCAACACACUCAGCGGCAACAUCAUCUAUGUCAAUCGUAAGAACAAUAUCACCGUUGACAUUUUCAUCUCUUGCCAGUGGAUAUUAUUAUAAGCCUAUACCACUAAUUGACGAUGAUUAUUAUCAACAAUUAUUGUUAAAUUCAAUUCAACAUGAAACAUAUGAAGAAUUCAUUAAUCAUUUCAUUAAAUUUCGUCCAGAAUUUCGUGAAAAAUUUUCCUCUAUGCAUGAAGAUAUGAAACGAAGUAUCGCUAUGGGAAAAUUAAGAAGUUUUAAUCAAGUACUAACUAGGAGAAAAGAUGAUCGUUAUCAUCAAUUAAUUAGUAGUUUAGUAGAUUUUCGUUCCAAUAAACUACUAUCACGAAAAAAAAUGGAAUUAAUCUAG